AUGAUUUUUCAGCUGCGGGAUGUGGACGGAACCAAAGGCGAUACGUGUGUGGAACUGCAUGUGAACCAACGUGCGCUAUACCAAAUCCAGUGUUUAGUGAACAAUUUCGAGAUGAUUCAGACAUGUACCAGGCAAUGCGUCCCAAAUGUCUGUCAAUGUGAUACUGGCUAUAUCCGCUAUACUGGAGCCUGUAUUCCGAAAUACGCCUGCCCGAAUCCUCGCCCGAUCAUUGUCGUACCACCACCUCCUCCAGGACGAUUUCUUAGCUACUACAGACCUCCAUAUCGGCCGUACUACGGUCAAGUUUUUUAUUAUCGAACAUGUCCUGCUUACCAGUACUAUGUGCAGUGCGUUCCAUGUGAACCCGUCUGUAACAGUCAAUAUUACCUCUGUUACCCGUACUGCGUCGAUGGAUGUACCUGCUACCCCGGUUACGUCAGGGAUAUGGUAACGAACAACUGCGUAUACAGUUACUACUGCCCGACCAUCUACCGAGGCAAUGGCCGCUAA